GCCCUACGAGAGGUUUUCGGGAACUUUUAGCAAACCUUUUCCGGAGGGAUUUCAUAUCUUCUUACCUUGAUCUCGCCAACGUUCAGCGUUCUGAGCUGACUGGUUUCGAGGCAUCGCGGAAUUCAGGCAGUGAGCCAAUCUUGAGUGAGAAAACAGGUUGAACACUUUAGUGAAUCACAAGUCCUGGAUAAUUCCUAAUGAAAGUAUUUUUCUACUUCCUGUUGGGAACCUGCCGCGACGCUUCAUCUUUUUAUACGUCCCGGAGGGCCUGGUCUGCGGCUCCUUAACGUGGGCUCCAUCCCAUGUUUGGUUCUCUAGUGGCUUCUCACACGUUGGUCCACGUUUUAAUGCCAUACUGCGGUUGGCAAUAUCAGGAGCCAGUUUGCCAAUCAUGGGCGCAGGGGUCGCAGUACCAAUCCGGGAACUCCAUGGAUUCUCAGCGAAUUCAUCAUCUCUCUUGCGAGAUGGGCGUUACUUGACUCUGAGACUUAUCUACCUGUCCAAUACAGACAGUGUUCUGCAAGGCUGAUCUGCGAGCUGCGUCGGGCCUCACCGUUCAUUCACAACUUGCGAUGCAACAAGGCAGAAGAUAUCCAACCGUGAACGCUUCCAUCCAUCCCUUGAAAAUUUCACUGUUGGUCGGUUGGCUCACAAUUGGAGCUGGGGAGGAGAACACCUCGGAGGUCAUAAGAAUACCUAAUUCGUGCUUCACAGUACUAAUAAGCUUCGAGUUUGUGUGCCUUAUCCAAGUCAGUUUCAAGCACACCGGUUCAUCACCAGACCCCAUGCAGGGCAGGCUUUCAUGUGCCGCAGACGGACACUCCAUCUGAUAUUAUGUUACAAACACCUUACAGUACUAGCGUGUACAUGUAUCGGUAGUGUAACUCUGGUAAUUUAUGCAGUGGCAGAAGAGCUGUUUUUACAGGUGACCACGUUGUGCUUUCAAUACCUUCCAAAAUAUGGCACUGACAACCUCUAUCUACCUUUUUGUGUGCCACAGUAUUGACAUGAUUUCAUCCUUAUACUGUUGACGAUGGCUCAGGCUAGGGCAUUGUCUAUAGCUGAUGAUAGCCAUACGGGCUCUCUGAUUAGCGAAUUCCAUCCAGCCAACGUCAAUUUGUACCGGCGGUCUCUCUCCAUACCCAGUUUCCGAAGUGUUGAGAUUGACUAUAACGUGGAGUUCUUGUUUGCCUCUGAAAAGACAGAAUCGAUCCAACUACCGCAGACUUUUCCAGAGAUUCCAUCCCCAGAAAUCGAGCCUAUACCUCUUUUUGAGCAUGUUCCAAGGUCACCCACUCCCAAGACAGAUGGGGGGCUACAUACCCAUUUGCAAAGGUUCAUUGCAAAACAAGACAAUGUCGCCGCAACUCGUAUGCUAGCCCGUGAGCGCCGCAGGGAACUGAGAUGUAAACGCAAUGGCGUUAUUGAUCUGGAAGCAGGAUUUAUGAAUAAACUGAACCAGCUACUUAUUGAUCAUAGAGACAACCCUGCAAGACUAGAUCCAGCACUUCUUACACUUUUUGAACAGUAUCAAGAUGCCCGAAAUGAAUACUCUUCUUUUGAGGAUGACUAUAAUCAAUUGGAAGACCAGUUGGACAGGGAAGAAUUUGAGCUUGAAGAAGUUAUCAAGGCUCUAAGGAAAGCAGGAGACAGAGAAGGGGACAAAGGUUUAUUCAGUGGUUCUGAGAAAUCAGCCAAGAAUAAUGCUCCAAACUUUGCAGAGAUAUACCACCCACUAGUCAUCCAGUACUAUUCCCGGAUAGGCGAUAUGAACUUACUGAAAGAGGAGCUUUGGAACCUACGUGCUGAAUAUGAUAUGGCACAGGAAGAUCAAGCCACAAAACACAAAUAUGGAAUGGCUGUGCAGGACUCUAACCUUCUGGAAUUGCUACAAAAUUUUGCAAAAUAUGAAGAGGAGAUACUUGAUGAUCUUACUGCUGUAGACAAUGAUGUCCAGCAAUUGAAGGCACAGUGUGAUGCACUUGGCCUGCUUGACAACCCUCAAGAAUCAACCUUGUUGGAUCCACUUGAAGUGAUGGAAGAUAUUCCCAAUCUUCAAUGGACCAGAAGAAGGCCUUCUUUCUUUGAGGAGAACCCGGGCCUACAAACAUCUGCAGAGGCAAAAAUCAGCAUGACAGAGUUCAUUGAUAAAUGGCUCCUCCAUCAGCUCUUUGAAUCACCGCUUGACCGGCUCAGAUCAUCCCCAGAACCAAUAGAAUUUCCGGUGUACGAGCCUCAUCACGCAAACGAUAGUUAUAGUUGGGCAAAAUUGUCAGUGAAUAUUGGAACCCCAGACUCCUACCUUUUUAAAUCUGCGGCUCCAAUUGAUAACGAUAUAAUCCUUGAUAUGCUCUCUCCCAAUGGACCCAAUUCCGAUCCUUGUACGCCAAAAGAUGAACCGGUACUACCCACUGCGAUGCGAAUAUGCGAUUUCGACUGCCCCACGGGUUCCUUAGUGGACAAAUCGUUGAACAAUAACAGUCCUAGUGCCAUGCUGGCUGUUGAAGAGGAAGCCAAUGCUAUCAAUAUUACUUCUGGCAACCCAGACAACAGCUCAAUAUCUUCGUUUUGA